AAACACAGGAAGGACUGAUGAUGUUUAAAGGAAGAGUUCAUAUAUUGAAAAGAAGAAGACUGACAGAGACAGAAAAUGGCUGAUAAAUGUCACAUAUAUCUGCUGGGACUGAUAAUUCUCUGCUCACCUGUCACAGAAUAAACACACACAUGCACUAUGUGUCAGGUACCAGUGAAGUGGAAGACAUCCAUGUGUUCUUCACUGAUGGUGAAAAUGUCACUCUGCCAUGUAAUAAUGCUCGUUCUGACUGCACAUCAACUACAUGGAACUAUUAUGGAGAAGGAUAUUCAGAGCCAGAGGUACUGAUUUCUGGAGAAAUAAAGAAGAACGGCAUAGAGAGACAUGAGAGACUGAAUCUGGGGUCUGACUGUUCUCUGAACAUCUAUAAAACCACAAAAGAAGAUUAUGGACUUUACAACUGCUGGAAAUAUGUGAAUGGAGAGAGACCAAAUACUGAAAAUGUUUAUCUGCAUUUUCUUCAAGUCUCUCCACCAUCUACACAGACUGAGAUCAGACCAGGCAGCUCUGUGACUCUCUCCUGUCAAUUAUAUUUAAAUGAUAAAUAUACUUUGCAUAAUAGGGGAUUUAAACUGGUCUGGGUGAAUGAAUCUGGUGUUGAUCUGCAAACAGACUCCAGAUAUCAGAUAUCAUCCUCUCCAGAACACUGUAACAUCACUCUGACUACAACACUCCUGAAUGAAGACAACGACAGAGAGUGGAGAUGUCAGAUUACUGAAGGAACUGACGUGAAGACCUCAGUCAGCUAUACUGUCAAGUAUUUGGACACCUCAGAUAGAUGGUUAUACAAAGUGAUUCCUGCUGUAACUGUUGCUGUAGUUGCUCUUCUUACUCUUGUUAUUCUCUGGCUGAUCUGUAAAAGAAGAGCUGACAGAAAUGAAAAGGCUCAGGAUCCACAAGGGUCAGAUAAGAGGUCAGAUGCUUCAGUGUGUGAGACCAUCAACAGUUUCAUCCCUCCUGCGGUUGAUGUUCAUGAGAAGACAGAUGAUGUGUCUUAUGCUGAGGUCAUCACUUACAGAAAAUCACCUAAUGAAAGUCAAAAUGUUCAUUCUGAUGAUAAAGUGACGUACGCUGCCAUCAGAGAAGCAAAAGGAGUUCAGGAAAACUGCAGUGCAACUUAUGCCUCUGUGAUCAAGAAUCCACCCAAAUUGGGGCCUGGGUAGCUCAGCGAGUAUUGAUGCUGAUUACCACCCCUGGAGUCACGAGUUGGAAUCCAGGGUGUGCUGAGUGACUUCAGCCAGGUCUUCUAAGUAAAGGGAGGGUAGAGUCACAUGGGGUAACCUCCUCAUGGUCGCGAUUAGUGGUUCUUGCUCUCAAUGGGGCUCGUGGUAAAUGAGCUUCCACAUGCUGAGAGUCUCCGCGGUGUCAUGCACAAUGAGCAACGUGAUAAGAUGCGCUGAUUGACGUUCUCAGAAGCGGAGGCAACAGAGACUUGUCCUCCGCCACCCAGAUUGAGGUUAGUAACCGCGCCACCACGAGGACCUACUAAGUAGUGGGAAUUGUGCAUUCCAAAUUGGGAGAAAAGAAUAAAUAAAUAAAUACAUAAAUAAAUAAAUAAAAGAAUCACCCAAAUACAAAGAGCAACAAUUAUAAAAUAAGCAGAGAUUUAGUGGAAUGAGAAGAUGACAAUUUAACAGUGUGUAUUAGGCCUACUAACAUUUUUAUUUUCAGAUGCUCUGUAGAAUUUAUAACAUGCUAACAAGGUUCUGUGCUGGCCACUGGUGAUAACAGAAUCAGUUGUAUAAUUUUUUGUUAAAAUUUCCUGUUGUUUGCUUUGAGAUCUUUAUAUUUGUCUGUGUAUUUGUUUGUUAUAUUGUCACAUUAAAGAGUUUUCAUGACUUUUAAACUAAUAAACAGGAUCAGAAAUUUCCAUUAGUUUCCAUUAAGAGGCACUCUUUUCAGACAUAUUUUGUUAUAAUCUUAUAAAAAUAUACAAUCUCUCAAUAUUUUACAGAACAUCUAAUAGUCCUUCUUCAGUUUAAUCAAUUUAUUAGAAUAAUUUACCACUCUAAAACUAAUAAUUUAUAUGAUAAUUUGCAGGGGUGUAAAGUAACGAAUUACAAAUACUCACGUUACUGAAAUUAAGUAGUUUUUCCCAGAAAUUGUAUUUUUUUAAGUAGUUUAAAAUUGUUAUACUUUAACUUGAGUACAUUUUAAGUGCUGUAACUGUACUUUUACUGCGCUAUUUUCCCACCGUCUGUGUUCGCUACUUCCCUGUCCUGAUUUUAUUUUUUAUCUAUCAACGUGAUUGGCUAGGGAGAGUCUCGUGACUCCCGUCAAAUGGUGUCCUCCCAGUUGGCAGAGAUCCUCAAAUCUCUCGCUGGCUUACACCAGUCCCACCAACAACCCGUGCUUGAGCUCCGGCAAGAUCAUGAUCGCCAGUUCUUUGAGAUCCUUCGGGCUCAAGCAGAGGACCGGCAUGCGAUCCAGAGCCUUCUCAGCCAGGAGAGAGCCCCAGCCAUCUCCCCGGACAACCACAGCCCUAUGUCCCCGCCCACGCUUCUGAAGAUGGGGGCCGAGGAUGACCCGGAAGCCUUCCUUGAUUUGAUCGAGUGGACCGGUGAGAUAUGGAGCUGGCCGUGUGAUCAGUGGGCAGUCAGGGGAAGCCCAGCUCGCAGCACAACAACUGCCGGCGGCGAACCUCCUGGCUUAUGAGGAUCUGAAGAAGACCAUCCUGCAGCGGGUUGGCCUGCAGUCCGGAGCAGCAUUGACAGCUCUUCCGGUCAGUGAAGUUGGAGACGAUUGGCCGCCCGUUUUCCUUCACCCAAUGGCUCCAAGACGCCUGCCAGAGAUGGCUGCUGGCGGGGGAUCGCGACGUCGAGGGAAUAAUCAAUCAGGUGGUAUUGGAGCAGCUCAUCCAUCAGCUACCAUGAGGAAUGGCGGAAUGGGUCCAGUGCCACCAUCCGGCGUUGCUGGAGGAGGCUGUUAGAUUGGCGGAGGACCAGUUGGCGGCGUACCGGAGGGCGGAAGAGCCCUCCCACUCUCUCUCCCCACCCUCUGUGUUUUCCCCAUUCUCUUCCCCCUCCCCUCUUCUCUCUCACUCUGCUCUUUUCCCAGAACCUGUUCCUGUCCCAUGGAGGCAAGGAGUCCCGCCACUGAAGCCAGUUCCCCGUGCCCGGGGUGUUGCAUCGGCCACAGCACGAUAGUGCCCUGCUGCUCUCCCCCUCAGGUGGAAGUGUCUGCUGACGCAGGUACGGGCAUGGCACCUGGACCGGUCUGAUGGAGUUGCGGGUAUCCGGGACACAUCCGGGAUCAAUGCCCUGUGAUGGAGCUGGGAACAAUGGUCCGGAUCCCCGACACUCCGCAGGCUGCCCCAGAUCGGGGGGUACUCACCAAGCAUUGGUGGAUACUGGUUGUAAUCAAACCACUAUCCACCAACGCUUUGUACAACACGAGGCUUUGGGCACAGCUAAAAUGGUGAGGGUGAAGUGUGUACAUGGGGAUAUUCACAACUACCCUGUGGUGACCCUUGUGAUUAAAUUUCGGGGAACAAAACAUAGAGUGGAGGCCGCGGUUAGUUCCUGCCUCAACUAUCCGCUGAUUUUGGGGACUAAUUGGCCUGAAUUUAGAAAUGUAUUAAAGGGAAUAUAUGCGGUUGGGUCCUGCACUAAAGCAAUGAGAUGUGAAAUGUGCGAUGCUCUGGCAGGGAAGGCGGAGCCAGGGCCAUCUUCGUCUGCUCCACAUCAGGAUGACGUGAGGGGGGAGAGGCUGCAGCCCCUCCCGUCCUCAGGGGAUUUCCCGAAGGGGAUUUCCCAUUGGAGCAGUUGCAAGCAAAACCCUUUGGCACGCCUUUGACCAGGUGAGUGUGAUCGAUGGUCAACAACUCCAGCCGAAUGUCACCCUUUCAUAUCCUUAUUUUGCAAUUAUAAACGAGCGGUUGUAUAGAGUGACACAGGAUGCUCAGACAAAGGAAGAUACAUCCCAGUUCUUAAUACUGCGGAGCCGUCGGGAAAUGGUGUUCCAGGCGGCUCAUUAUAAUCCCAUGGCGGGUCAUCUAGGGGAAAGAAAAAUACUGAACUGCCUAAUAGCCCAUUUUUAUUGGCCGGGCAUUGGCGGCGAUGUCCGCAGGUGGUGUGCAGCAUGCUGCGAAUGCCAGCUGUUGAAUCCACUGGCCACACCAAAAGUGCCAAUGCACCCUCUUCCGCUGAUCGUGGUCCCCUUCGAGAGAAUUAGAAUGGACAUCGUCGGGACAUUAGAGCGGUCAGCACGCGGACAUCGCUUUGUAUUGUUCCCAGUGGACUAUGCAAAGCGAUAUCCGGAAGCAGUGCCUCUGCGCAACAUCUCAGCACGCAGUUUUGUGGAGGCACUCUUCAAAAUAAUCUCCCAGGUGGGGAUUCCAAAAGAAAUCCUCACCGAUCAGGGCACAACUUUUAUGUCACAGACACUACAUGAGCUUAACGAAUUAUUGGGCAUUAAAUCAAUCCGCAUCAGAUUUACCAUCUACAAACAGAUGGCCUUGUGGAGUGAUUUAAUAAAACCCCUAAAAACAUAAUUCGUAAGUUCGUGCACAAGGAUUCUAGAAAUUGGGACAAAUGGCUCGAACCCCUGUUAUUCACAGUAUGAGAGGUCCCGCAAGCCUUCACGCCCAUGCGGCGUGCUUGAUGUUGCUUCAAAAAGUAAGAAUGAAAUUCAAUAUGUUCUUGAUGUUAGAGCAAAACUCCACACUUUGGGGCAACUAACACAGGAGAAUUUGCUGCAAGCUCAAGAACGACAGCGCCGACUGUAUGACAAGGGAACUCGGCUGCGGGAAUUUGCACCAGGAGAUAAGGUACUCGUAUUACUUCCCACAUCGAGCUCCAAAUUACUCGCCAAGUGGCAAGGAGCCUUUGAGGUCACACGACGAGUGGGGGAUCUUGAUUAUGAGGUAAAGCGAACCGAUAGAGGGGCCGCACGUAAAAUAUAUCACCUCAACCUCCUGAAAUUGUGGAGGGAGGCAGUCCCUGUGACGUUGGCUACGGCAGUCCCGGAGAGGGCGGAGCUCGGGCCAGAGGUGAAUACAAACACAAUCAUUUCACUCCGGUCACUUGCAGAGACCACCUCUCACCGUAUCAACUUGCAGAGGUUGCCAAGUUGCAAAAGGAGUUUGCAGACGUGUUUUCCCCUCUACCAGUUCAUACGAACCUCAUACAGCACCACACUGAGACCGAGCCGGGGGUGGUGGUACGUAGCCAUCCCUAUCGAUUGCCCGAGCACAGAAAGAAAAUUGUCCAGGAAGAAUUGGAUGCAAUGCUCGACAUGGGGGUAAUAGAGGAAUCCCACAGCAAUUGGUCCAGCACAGUUGUUCUAGUUCCUAAGAGCGACAGGUCUUUAUGGUUCUGUGUGGAUUAUAGAAAAGUCAACGCGGUGUCUAAAUUUGACGCAUACCCAAUGCCUCGCAUUGAUGAGUUGCUCGAUCGGUUGGGCACUGCUCGAUUUUAUUCAACACUGGAUUUGACAAAGGGUUAUUGGCAGAUCCCCUUGACACCAAUUUCCCGUGAAAAAACAGCCUUCUCCACGCCGUUUGGGUUACAUGAAUUUGUGACGCUUCCGUUUGGUUUUUUGGAGCCCCGGCUACGUUUCAGUGUCUCAUGGACCGAAUCCUCAGACCUCAUUUGGCUUACAUCGCUGCCUACUUAGAUGACAUCAUCAUUUACAGCAAUGACUGGCAGCGGCACAUGCAGCAUCUGAGGGUGGUUCUGAGAUUGCUGAGAUGAGCGGGACUCACAGCAAACCCCAAGAAGUGCGCGAUUGGGUGGGUGGAGGUACGGUAUCUGGGGUUCCACUUGGGCCAUGGGUAGGUGCAUCUCCAAAUUGACAAGACUGCAGUGAUUGCGACCUGCCAAGGCCCAAGAACAAAAAGGGGGUGAGACAGUUCCUGGGGCUGGCUGGCUAUUAUAGGAGAUUCGUGCAUAAUUAUUCGGAUGUCACCAGCCCGCUGACUGAUCUCACUAAAAAGGGAGCUCCAGACCCGGUCCAGUGGACAGAGCAGUGUCAACAGGCAUUCAUGCAGGUUAAAGCCGCACUUUGCGGGGGACCACUUUUACAUUCAUCCGAUUUCUCUCUCCCUUUUGUCUUGCAGACGGACGCUUCAGACAGAGGGCUGGGGGCCGUACUCUCACAGGUGGUGGAGUUGGAGAAGCACCCGGUGCUGUACAUUAGCCGCAAGCUCUCACUGAGGGAGACUAAGUACAGCACCAUAGAGAAGGAAUGUCUCACCAUCAAGUGGGUGGUCCUCACUCUCCGGUACUACCUGUUGGGGCGGGCCUUCACCCUCUGCUCGGAUCACGCCCCACUCCAAUGGCACCACCGCAUGAAGGCUACCAAUGCGCGUAUCACCCAUUGGUAUCUGGCUCUUCAGCCAUUUAAGUUCAAGGUGGUCCACAGACCGGGAGAGCAGAUGGCUGUCGCCGACUUCCUUUACAGAAAUGGGGGGGAGUGGUAGACAGGCCAGAUGUCUCCACGGCCGGAUGUCUCCCCGGCCGGAUGUCUCCCCGGCCUCAGUCAGGCGAUGGGGUUAUGUGGCAGCGGGGGCGUGGUCAAGCAUCCGUCCGGAGAGAGAGAGAAAGCAGUAAGGAUGCUUGCACCUGAGCUAGAAUAUGUGUAACACUUGUCUCUAAUUCCAGUGAGCAUGGGGAGAGCGGCAUAUAAGCAGCCACGCCACCAGCAGAGAGAGAGAGAGUCUGGCACAAGGAAGGCCACGGUGCUCCUGAAGCUGCUACGUUUAAUCUGUUAUGUUUGUGAAGCUGAUGUGUUUAAGUUACUAUGUGCCUGUGAAGCUAAUGAAUUUAAGUCUACGUGCCUGUGAAGCUGAUGAGUUUGUGAAGUUGUAAAGCAUUGAAGUGGCCAGUUAAAAGUCCUACCUGAGCCUGGAAAAACCUGCUUCCCUGUGUUUUCCUUCCCUUCUGUUUGUGAGCUUUUACACCCUGGUUUUUUAAUGGGUUUUCAUAUAUUAUUUUUUUAUUAUUAUUUUUUUUAUUAUUAUUAUUAUUUUUUGCAUUCCUUGCAUUGGUUUGAACAUGUUUUAUGCAUAACAGUAACCCUCUCUGUUGGCAUUAAGGGGAAUUUAGACCCUACACAUAAACUGAUUUUAAUGUAAUUGUUCAUACAUUAUGAUAUUGAAAAUAACUUUUUCAUCUUUUCAUUUCUGUAAUAAUGUUGCCCUUUUAUUUUUUUAUUUUUUUAAAUCAGAUUCAUGGUGUGUUUACAGUAUCAUAGAUAAGUGAUGUAUUUUAAAAAUUGUAAAUCACAAACACCUAUAAAAUACCUAUAUUUGUUAUUCUUUCUGGCAAACAGCCAUAAAAGGGAAUGUAAAUUACGGUAUGUGUGCAACAUUUUUUAAAUUGAUUAAAUUUAGGACAGGUACUACCUGUAUACUACAUUUUUUAAGAUGUAACAGUACUUUUACUUGAGUAUUAUUUUUCAGUACUCUUUCCACCCCUGAUAAUGUGUAAUUAGGCCUAGAAUAGAGUGAUAAGAAUUAUUUGGGGGGCAACUGGCCCCCACAUUUUGAAUUGAAUUUUUUGUCACUUCUGGUAGCAUUUUUGUCCCCAGCCCCCCGUAAUUUUCAUAAAAAGAAUACUGGUUUGAACAACGCCCAAAUAUCAGAGUUAUCAUACGUUUUCAAAUAUUCACGAUAAUGAUAAUGUUCAGUAUUGCAGAUGACACUAACAAGACAUCAUAAAUACACUGACGUGUGAACAGUGCAGGCCUUUAACAUACUAACAGGAAAUAUGCUCACUCUUGCUCAGUUAUGUAGCUUGAUUUAAUUUUUCAUUUGAUGUGUCUGUUUCUAAACGUAGAUCACUGGUGCAAAGUUUUGUUCAGAAGAUUAAAAAGUUAAUAAAUUAUUAGUUAGCAUUAUCAUAAAAAUGAACACUUCAUCAUCAACAAAAACACAGUGAAACUACUAUAAUGAAUAUGAUCACAAUUACUGUGCUUAAAAUACAAUAGAGAAUAACACUGCUCUGCAAAGGUGAAAAAGCAGUAACUACAUUUUGUCAAAUUUAAGUUAGAAUUGAAAUCGGGUCUCUCUGAUCUGUCCUGUAACAGAUGGGUUUGGCUCAAACAUGGUCAUAUUCAGAGUUAUCAGUGUGAAUCUAUUUUGUAUUCCACAUUUGUCUGGACAAUCAAAACACAUUCAAGUCAUUUUUCUCUUUUUCAGUGUUGCCGUAGUUGCUGUGUUUUGGCUUUGUACAUCAAACUAGUAGUCAUUUAAAGCUCCCUUUAAGAGCAAAUCAGGUGUAAUUCUAUAUGAUAAAUUUUUUUUUUAGCUGUUUAACUGUGUGCUUUCAGAGCUUUUGGAACAUGGUUGAUGUUUUGAUGUGGAAACAAUUUGUGCUCAGUUUAACCCUUAUGUUCUGUUUGGGGUCAAUAUGACCCCAGACACUCUUCAAAUAGUAAAAAAACAUAUGCAUCAUUAUUUUUUUAUCCUGAUAUUUCAUGAAUUUUCCUAAUUACAUAAGAUCUUUUCAGAAAUUUGAUUUUUACUUAAUGAUAAUGUUUCUGAUGUCCGCUAUGACAUGACUACACACAUGUGAUGUUUGGGGUCAUAUUGACCCCAGUAAUAAAUGUUAUUGAAAGCAAAGGAUUUUCACAUGCUUUGAAUCUGUUUGGUACCUAAGGUUUAAUUUCUCAAUACAAAACACUCUCUCUCUCUCUCUCUCACACACACACACACACACACACACACACAGACAGACACACACACACACACACACACACACACAUAAACUCUCUCUCUAUCUCUCUCUCAUGCACACACACACACACGUUUUCUCUCUCUCGUUCUCUAUUAUACACACACACACACACACACACACACACACACACA